AUGAUAGAGCGGACUGCAGCAUGCAUUGAACCAGCUUCUCAACUCUUAGUCCGACGCCUCGAGCCUCCUGUCCGCACACACCGUGCGCUUGGUCCCUCGUUCUGGAAAAAUGGAGGCAACCAGCUGGACGUUCCUCCCUGGUGGCCGUUGUACCUCAAUAGCAUCCGAGCUCUGCGUCCAAAUCCACUCGGUCUCGAGUCUGCACCACCGUGCCCUAGACCAUCCUGGCUAGUCGAACCUCGCGAAAAUCCUCACCGAUCACGAGUCCGAGCUUCGAACCCCGAUCAAUAUCCUAAUCAUCUUGUGUCUUCGUCUUCGCGAGCAUACACCCGAUCGGCAACCUCCACGCAAAAGGCCACUGCUGUGGCUCUUGAAGAGGAGAAUGUGAAGGAUGUGCUUCUGCAUUGUUCGCCAUCCGACCAGCAGAGGCACAUGACUUUGGACCAUACGGAGAAGAAAGAAAAUAUUCCUGUUCCCGCAAGGGCAGAUCAAGAGUCAUGCAACGAACAACCCAAACCGAGCCUCAGCCAAGCAGAGAAACAUCUCUUGCACAUUCUUGAUUCCAAUAGAGACGUGAAACCAGAGUCAGAAAGCGCCGACUUUGAUCACGCUUGGGCUUUGUUCAAUCAGGUCCCGAAUCAGCAGGCGCACGCAGCGGAAGUCUUUCAUUUCCUUGCCAAGUCUAGCACAAGACGAGAUCAGACUCUUGCUUUAAGUGCCUUCAGACUCAUCGAUGAAGGAAACAGAACUCAAGAUGACUACGAGCGGGCUGUUCGAUCGGCAGUGAAAGCAGACAAAUAUCGCGUGGCUCUGAGAAUCAAUGCUCGUGCAAGCCUGCGCAACUUGCAACAAGGUUGUAGUGUGUUCCUCUUAUUGCAUGCUGUCUCUAACCAACUCUGGAACACCGCUGCUACGGUAUGGGAUACAUCUUUCAAGCCAAUCCCUUUUCGCGCUGGUCGAACAUCGCCGACUCGCCUUGCCAUCACGAAAGAGGUGGGCAACUACCGUGAUCUACCAUUCGCAAUUUACCAACUCGGAACAAAGCUGCGUGAGCGGGCACCAGUCACCAUGCAACAUUCCGGGACGCUCUCAACGCUGUUUAACGAGCUUUUGAACGCCUUGGUACGAAAUGGUGCGCUUAUGGGUAUAAUCACGCCCCAAGGACUACAGCAUUUGUUCCAGCUGUCGAACGACCUGUCGCUGGCCAAACCAUCCCUUUACUUCACUGCCAUCGAUACCAUGAACAAACACGCCAUGAGACCAGACAAAGGGCUAGUGGCUGAUCUUGUGUACAACAUGCUUCGAUCAAGCCUGCCAGAAGUGCCGCCACGGCCCCAGACUUUCGGUUCGCUCUUGUCAACACACUCUGAUGAAGGAGCGCCUGCUGAGACAUACAAUCACUAUCUGGAUGAAUUCUCAAGGUUCCAUGGUGUUGCAGAUCUGAAGAGCUACCAAAAGGUUCUUUCAGCCCUUGCUGCUCAAGGCGAUGUUGAUGGUGUCCAGCAGGUGUUUUCGCGCCUCUGCGAGACCCAUUCAAGGCCCACCGAUGUCGCGUACUAUACGCCGCUCUUGUACGCAUUCGCUCGCCUGGGAGACGUUCAAGGGACGGAAAGAGAGUUUCGGAGAAUAGUCGACUCUGGAGUGCAGCCGAAUUCUUAUUGCUGGAAUAUUCUUCUCCAUGCCCACUCCAGAUCUACCGAACCGCGGCGCGCUUUUGAAGUCUUUGACAAGAUGAAGGUCGAAGGAGUGGCGCCAGAUGCGUUUACCUUUACGACCUUGAUAGGCGUCUUUGCACGGACUGGGGACACCGACACCGUAUUGGAUAUCCUUGAACAAGCCCAACAGCAUAAAGUGCAAGGCUCCUACGGACUGGUUACUGGUCUGAUACAAACAUACUGUCUCAACGAUCAAGCAGAGGCUGCGGAGGGGCUCGCUGAAGCGGCCACCACUGCCAAUCUUCGGGGUUCACCUGUCACAAUGUGGAAUUAUCUGCUACGUCACUACGCCUUCGCAGCUGAUUCUGAUAGCAUGCUCCGUGUCCAGGGACGCAUGAGGGCACUGGGGGUCGAGCCGGACGGUAUGACUCACGCUGCGUUCAUGACAGCGCUUGUGCUCUUCAACAAAACUCGGGAUGCGGUCCAAAUACUAAGGACUCUAAAUUUGAGUCAGGCUCUCACUGCUACACCCUUCCAUUAUGCCAUCAUUCUGCACGGAUUCGCUAAAGAAGGUGAUCGGGAUAUGGCUAAUGUUAUCUAUCAAGAGAUGGCUGAGCGGUUCCCAAGAAUCGGAGCCAGUCCACGCCUUGCGAUGCUUCAUCUACAAGCUAGUCGGAACUCCAUCCCAAAUGAACGGCCGCGUUUUGCGGCUCAGUAUUUGGAAGAAAUCCUCCAUGGGCUCUCAACGCAAGACCGCGCAGGGCGUCAACCGCAGCCCGGUCUGCACCGCCGCCGAGGCGUUGAUGCCAUCCCGACGGUGUAUCUGGAGUAUCUUAUUGACCUUUUGGCGGCAAGAGGUCAAAUCAAACAUGCAGAAAAGCUCAUCCAGCGAUUUGAGUCUCUCGCGGAAUCAUCAUACCUCGUUUUAAGCAACACGGCGUCCACCUCGAUCCAGUUCCUAACCAGGCGCCUGAUGAUCUCGAGCGAGAGACAUGACUGGGAAAAUGUUGAGUCUUUUUGGAAACAGAUACUGGAACGUGCAGUCGAGACGGCAAAAAAGUUUUCCUACGAAGCCGUAGAGCAAGUCUGUGUUGAAAGUCAAGCUCCCGCCAUCCCGCGACCACUGCCAAUACAGCCCAUAGGUGUACCCGACUCCGAACUGAUCACAAAGGAGCAGUUCUCAUUUGAGUCCAUGAUUCCACAGAAUGACCUGACUUCUGGUCCAUUGGAUGAGUUGGGACUGACAAUCCUCCCUUCGCAAAGAUACGUUCUUGAAGCACCUUUGACGCGGUAUCUGAAUAGUCUAGCUGUCCGUCAACACCAAUCUCGUGCCAUUUCCCUCGUGGCCAAGCUAGAGAAAGUGGGUUUUGCAUUGACUAGUAAAAACUGGAAUAUGUACAUUCAAACCUUGACGCAGUCGCAGGACCCGCAACAUUGGAUCCUUGCCUACGAGAUUUUUGAGCAGAAGAUGAUUCCUAACACUCCGCCAUGGCCGGUUUUAAGAGUCGGUAAAUGGUUGCCACCCCGGGCGCCACACGGCUCCCCUCCUGUUCCCGUUCCUCGCAACACUAUCGAAAAGCAAGAUCCGGGCCAACUGAUGCCGACCUAUUACACUGCAGUCCACCUCGCCAGCGUUCUGCUCAAAGCGAACAGACUUGCAGCAGAAGGCGACAAUGCCACAAACAUAGCUCUCCAGAAGAAGGCACCUCAAACCUGCGGCUUCAUCCGACGCAUGCCUUAUCAGAGAGACCGAAUCCAAGGGGUCCUCCUUCGCGGAAGAAAGAAAAGAGCCGAUCCGCAAAGGCGUCCUCGCGAAUUUGCUGAGCCAGAUCGCUCUGGUGUAUUGGAAAGCAAAUCACCAGCGGACCACAUUCCCGUCACAGAACUCCUUGGCCUUGAAGAUGCUGUCAGAUGCGAUGCAAAUGACAAGAAGUCAUUCGGUGCGGCGGCGGAAGCUCGUGCGAUACGCCAAGCAGAACUAUAUGAAGGGCAAGUCACUAGAUCUCCGAUUCUGCUAGAAAAAAGCCAGAAUCGAGAAGACGAAGAACAAGUCAAUCAUCGAGUACGGCAAAGGGAAAGAAAGCUUCUGGAAGUGCUGGAGAAAAUUCGACGCGAUGUAGCAUUGCCGCGAACGAUCAGUGAUGCUUACAUUGGUCAUCCAACCAUCCCUUCGGGGGAGAGUUUGGCUCAAAGAGGAACUCCGCGUUCAGGAGGGCGGGGCUUAUACAAUCCAGUGUAUCGACGCUUAGAGCAGAGAGCCCAAGCCAAGAAGGAAAUCCGCGAGCAGAGACGAGUGGUAUCGAACUGA